GAGGUUAAGGAAGGGAGAGAGAUAGGGAGAGAGCAUGCUUCCCUAUGAACUGAAAAUCUUUUCCUUUAACAUAAACGAUAUUCACCGAUUUCCAGCACAAAGGUCUCGUCUUUGCAAGCAGCAAACUGCUCAAGCCCUGUCUCUCCGUAGGCAUAAUUUAUUAAGCUUUCAACCAGAAAAUGAAUAAACCAAGAUAUUAAACAAGCAAGAAUGUUUCAUACUGAUUUAAAGGUGCCCAACUACAUAUAUUUGUGUUAACAGAAUUCAAUGUACCACUCAGACUAAAAGGAUGGUGAUUAAUGAGAAUGGAAUGAAUCAUGAGUAGUUCAUGAACUUCAGUGUGAGCUGAAGGCCAAAACCCUUCUAUACCAGCAAUGUCACGUGCUGUCCAAACAGUUUACAGACGAUCAAUCUGCUUUCUUCCCUGAUGUCAUUACCACGUUGUUUUGCUGAUCAAGUUUCGCUUAAAUUGAAUUCUACCUUCUCAUAUGAUGUAAACUGUUGAGGUUUACACCCUCUAUCAUUCAGUGUAAAACAAGAUCACAUUAUGCUUUCAGAUGGAUGAAUCCUCUCCACCUGCCUUUCCCUUAGUUUUAUUAUUUGUUCCCAUCCAUCUCGUAUGUGAGACAAACCAGGGCCUGCUGACCAGCUCCUGCUGUCCGGUGUGGGAGGGGUUUCUCACUACAGGAAGAGGUCAUUCAUUCAUUAAGCGAAGCCCUCGUCGGUUGAAAUCAGAGAAUCACAGAUCCGGUCUUGUCCUACAGAAGAGACACACACUGGACACAAAGCUGCUCCAACACACACAAACAAACACACACACACGGCUGCAGAUAUGAUGCACCUGGCUUUUCUCCUCCUGAUCAUCUUCACAGAUGGCUCGUCCUCCCAGAAGGUGUGUAGCUACCAGGAUGUAGUGGAGUACCUGAACCUCACUGCAGACAACAGUGUGUUCAGAAUGACCCGACCCGUUCUGGACCACAAACGCCCCACGGUGGUGCAGCUGGACAUCAUCCUCUUUGCCCUCCUGGCUGUGAUUGAGAAAACGCAAACCUUUGUUCCUUUUGUCUGGGUAAUAAUGAAGUGGAACAAUGAACGCAUCUCAUGGGACCCGGCUCAGUUUUGUGGAAUCACUCAGAUUUCUAUUCCUAAGGAAAUGCUCUGGAAACCAGACCUCUUUAUUUAUGAAAUGACACAGAAGGAUGAAUCCCCUCAGAAUCCGUACAUGUACGUGUCCUACGACGGGACGGUCUCUUCCGAAGAGGAAAUGAAGGUGGUCAGCACUUGCAAAAUGGACGUCCACAAGUUCCCCUUCGACAUACAGAGAUGCAACAUCUCCAUCGGCUCUGCGGUGCACUGCGUUGAUGAGAUUCGUGUCUUUCCGUUCUCCAACUCGUCUCGGGCCACCCAGUUUUCCCGAGAGGUGAUAAGGACUCAGGGAGAGUGGGAGUUCCUCCAACUGACCGUAACCAGUCAAAAUUUCACCAUAGACAAUAAACAGUGGGAAUAUCUCAUAUACACUUUCACCAUGAAGAGGAGGCCACUCCUCCACGUCACCAACUUCCUGUUGCCCAUCCUGUUCUUCCUGAUUCUGGACCUCGCCUCCUUCUUCAUCGAAGACCGCCGAGGAGAGAAGCUGGGCUUCAAAGUCACCAUACUGCUGGCCAUCUCCGUCCUGCUGCUCAUCCUCAAUGACAUCCUGCCCUCCAUGUCCAACAAGACUCCCCUCAUAGCCACCUACUGCGUCGUGAUUUUCGCUCUGAUGCUGCUCAGCCUGCUGGAGACCAUCUUGGUUACAUAUUUCAUGGAGAAAGACUGUGCCUCCAAGGAGAAGAUCAGGCUGAGGGAAAACAGGGAGAACAAGCAGGACACCUUCAUCACAGAGGAGAAAAGACAAAGCGGCUGUCUGAGCAUCUGCAAAGCGUCAGAUGGUGAGAAACAACAUGAAUUGCUGCCGAUGGUUCAAGAGGUUAACAACAGCGUUCAGGCCCGAGAGAGUGACACGUUGCUGCUGAUCUUGGAGGAGCUGAAGGAGUUGCAGAAUAUUUUGAAUCUGCACCUCGUCUGUAGACAGGACGGAGGGAAGUCUGGCCUCUUGGCCGCAAGAAUCAACAGAGCUUUCUUCAUUUUCUACAUCACCAUCGUGUCACUGUUCCUCACCCUCAUCUUCAUUGCAUGGACCACUUAAACCUUUUUAACCAUGUUAAACCUUUAAGUCAAGACAUGCCGUAUGAAUUUGAUGUAGAAUCUAGAAGUUGUGCCAUGUUUGGUAUCUACAAUGUCUCAUUGUGAAUCUAUUUAAUUCAGUUUAAAUGAGAUAACUUGAAUUGUAUUUACUCUAUCCUGCAGACUGGUGGCGCCAAAAUCUUUAGUGUUGAUGAAGAAAAGGUCCUUGCAGAGCUGUCUAGGGCUUUGCCUUUUAAUAAGAUUGUAUAAAAUGUGUGGGGAAUAAAUCACAAAAUAAUAAUAAUGUUUGAGUUUUGAAAAAGGCAAAAAGCAAAACAAUGACCAUUUUAAACAUAUUUGUGUGCUGAAAUAAAUAUAUCAAAACCUUGUGUUGUGUUUUUAAAUGGUUAAAGACGCUCAGCAUCCACCGGAGGGUUUAAAAUCAGCAUUUAAAUAGUUUUCAGAAGCUGAUCCAUCAAUGGUCACAUUGACGUAGAAGCCACAACAAGGUUGAUAUAAUUGUUUAAAAUGCAACCCACAAGAGCUCAUGUGCAGUACGAGUAGAGACACAUGCAGGGGCGGACUGUGGGUAAAAAGUGGCCCGGGAGUUACUGUCAAUCCGGCCCACUUAACACACGGAGGGUUGCCCACUCAGAUCAUCACACAUUUUGACCCAUACGCAAAAUCGGAUUGUCGGACAUCCAACAUCGCCAAACCAUUUCACAUUAUUUCAUCUUUCGCUCUGGACAAACAUCCGUCCAUCUUGUGCCAGACCUCACAGGUCAUCAGUCACUCAAACCCUAAACUGAUCUAAUCCGUCCUGAUGCCCACUAUGUCGUGGACACAUCAUCAGACUCUGGCGUUAUUGCCGUGGAAGUAAAAACCGGAGGAGAAAAAACAUUGUGUAUCAAUUUAUUGAGUUGGAGAUACCUGCUCUAAAUCAGCACGUGAGAGCAUGUUGUACAUUCGCUUCUCCCUCUCCUCAUCCAGCCACUACCUGCGGUCCCACGCACCCCAAUUCCACGCCCCCAUGCUCACUUGUAUCCAGUGCCAAUAAGCUUCUGUACACAUUCUCUGUGAAUCCCUCAACUCUUCCAUGUUUCAAUGCGUUUGGGCCGUCCCUCGACAACCUAUUAGCCAAGUAACACUGAAUUAAUUAUUGUUACUAAGACAUCAUAUCUAUUUCCACCUAAUUUUUGAUGUAAGGAGAAAGCGUACAAUCAAUUGCACCAGCUGGUUCACCAUGGCA